AUGGAAUUGGUGGAAGAAAACUACAAUCAUUCGACUGAAAGAUUGGAUAAACCAUCUCAAUACUUAAUAAGAAAGGCCAUUCGUCGUCAAAACUUUGAAAACAUUGAAAAGUCUCUUAAUCCCAAAACUGUAUACAUUGGGAACCUCAGCCAUUUCACUACAGAAGAACAGCUCCAUGAACUCUUUCUGAAAUGUGGUGCCAUUGAUAGAAUCAUUAUGGGAUUAGAUAGAAACAAGUUGACCCCAUGUGGGUUUUGCUUUGUUAUUUAUAAGCAUGAACAAGGGUCUUUAAAUGCCAUCAAAUUUCUUCAAGGGACCAUUUUGGAUAGUCAAAACUUGGAGAUUGACUUGGAUCCAGGAUUCAGAGAAGGUAGACAGUUUGGUAGAGGAGUAUAUGGAGGUCAAGCCCAGCAUGAUUUUGCUCAAGGAGGUGGAGCACCAGGUAAUGGAUUCAGAGGCAGAGGAGGUGGUGGUGGAUUCAGAGGUAACUUUAGAGGUGGACGUGGCAGGGGAAAUUUCAGAGGCAGAGGAGGUCCAAGAGGAAAUUUCAGAGGCAAUUUCAGAGGAGGUCCAAGAGGAGCAUUUAGAGGUGGUUCAUUUGGUGGUGGAGGUCGUAGAGAUUUCGAACCUCAUGAUGAUCAAUUUUGA